UAAACAGGCAUCUGUGUUGUCGCAAAAAAGUGCUUUGCAGCAGCUACCAAGUGAAACUGGAAGUGGUUGUGGGUUGGGCAACACUUUUAUUCCCCAGCAGGUGUAAUUUAGCAAACUAAAAACACCCGGGUAACUCCUCCUGGUCCAAAAAAACACCGCCCACAGUCAUGGCAACCAGCUCCAGAGUUCCCAGUAAGUUGGCACACUUCAUCAUUUAUUUGGUGAUCGAUUUGGAGAUCUAAGGUGAGCAUCAGCAGUAUAGUGCACAGCGAUCCCGAGUUAACUGGGUGGACUGUUUGAAUUUGAUUCUGAACUGUUCUCUUCAGUCCCAAAUGUUAAAGAUUAGUACAUACAGGGCCAGUUGUAAGAUCGAUCACAGUUAAUGGAUCUGAAUAUGUGACUGUCUGCAGUGAGCUCUGGUAGAUCUACAAACUAUAAGUAAACAAUCUAUGCUUCAGAAUGAGUUAAUAAGGCUACAUUAAAUCUAAUCAGUUGCUAAAAACGACUUAAACUGACCAAAACAUGUAGGCCUAAGUGAUGUCAUAGUGAUUCCUUCUGAUGUAGAUAUGAGAGAAUAACGGUGGAAGGAUAUACAUUUAGAGUCAUACUUUGAGUGAUUCUCUGUGUUCAUAUUGUGUCAAUAUCCAUCCGAGCUGCGUCUGCGCUCGCGACAGUCAAACUCUGCGAAAACCGCGAAAAUCUGCGACAUUCUAGAACACUAGAAGAGCUACAUUCGUGUUCUGGAACACAGUUAAACUUCACAGUGAAAGUUCCACGUUUUGUUGCAGUUCUUCCGACACUUCCUCAACAUGAGCUCAGGACCAAUGACACAAGCUGCCUUCAUCCAGGGAAACCAGAGCACAAUCGAACAUGAUGCCUCCCACUCGGCACUCUUCUACCUUUUCCAAGAAGUUUCCAAACUAGCGUCCCCCAUCCACAACAGUUUCCUGGACACAAAUUCACCCUCAACGUGGCUACAUGAGACUUCCAGGAAAGGUCCUUUCAUCGUUAAAAAAGAGGAAGAGGAUGCACAUCCGUUUCAAAUCUCUAAUAGUUCCUGCCAGCACAGUUUGUCCCGUAUGUCGCCUUAUAAUCAGAUGAAAAAAGUGAAGGAGGAAAGUCACAGUACUAAGGUCACAACUUUGGUUGAGCCACAUCCUAAAUGCAAAAGCCCCUGGAAAGUCCUGAGUCUGAUCAAUCUGCAGUGUGAGCGGCUCCUGCAUCAGAGAGAUGUGGAGGAGUCAGACCCAAGUUCAGUAUCAUCUACCACAAAAUCAUCGACUGCCACAGCAGAUGUAACAGAUCAGGGAGACGGAGGUGACUGUGUGAGUGUUGAAUGCACUUUGAGACCAUCUCUUCUUGUCUAUGAGAGGCAAGAAAUCCCGGCCUGUGUCAGUUUUGUGGAAGAUAUGAGAGGAGACUGCAGCAGAGGAGCUUAUAAACCACAGGGCUGUGUGAAAGACUCCGAGGUGGGCUGUUGUGUUCAGUCACAGACUGCUGAAAAAGCAGACACUGUUUCAGUGUUCAGUGUUAAAAGACAGUUUGAGUGGAACCAGGAGUGUAAGAGGGAUCGUUUCUCUUCUCAACAGGAUAUUUUGCAUGCAUCCUUCUCUGAAAAUGUUUCGUCACAAACACACAUCCCCUAUGCAUCCCUUAAUGCUCAGCUGACUUUUAAUUCAAAUGAAGAUACAAGUGUAGCUCUGUCAAAGCCAGCACUAACACUAGACCACAAUGCGAACCUCGUUUUGACUACAGAGCCCCCAUGUGACACCCAGCUGCCCCUUCCAAGCUCCGGCGUCCUGCCUACUUCCCAAUCAUUUUUAUUUAGCACUACAGAGAAGUGUCAUUCACUCGCAAAACACAAUAACAAAAUCACAGCAUCUAAACCAGAAUGUACACAUGCUCACAUAGAGGAAAAAUGCCCUCCAGUUGCACAACUGAAAUCCUCAAGCUAUACAGGAGAAACAACCCCUUCACCUUCUGCAACACCAAAACCGGAACCCAGACCAGUACAAAAGGAGGAAAUUGCUGCUCCAUCUACCCAGCAGUGGAGAACCAAGACUCCUAGAAAACAACCUCAUCCCAGCCGGAGUGCUAAUAUCCAAGACCCAGACUUCCAGGGAGUGACAUUCAGGAUGGACACAGAGCUGGACGACAACAGGGAACAGUGUCGGCUCCUCAUUACUUCAAAAUACAGCAAGGAGCUCCGCAAGAAUGUGAGGAAACCGAGGCUGAGGACACGGACGUCCCAGAAAUCCCUGAAAACUAGCAGCUCGGAUGAAGACGGUUACCUGACGACCAGUGUUUCCAAGGGUAAAGUGUGUGCAUCAUGCUGCACCAGAAAGACCCCGAUGUGGAGGGAUGCAGAGGACGGGACCCCGCUCUGUAACGCCUGUGGAAUAAGGUAUAAGAAGUACAGGGUGCGCUGCGUCAACUGCUGGCAUAUCCCCAGGAAAGAGGGCAACUCCAACUCAUGCUGCCUCAAGUGUGGAAACUUUGUCAGGUUGACCUCAGCUCAGCGGAAACACACCACCUAGCGAACAUACACUGAGCAAAGGUUUUUAUGUCUGACGAAGCUCUACACACAUUUGCGCACAACAGUUCAAGACUGCACUCCACGCUCCCGUAGUUCUUAGUCCGCUACGGUUCACUACAGAUGGGAAUGCAAACAUAGAGCAGCACCAGCUUCUUACAUCUUACUCGACUCAAUAUUUAAAAUUAGUUUCACAAUGUUGUACAUCAGGAAGCAGCACUAACUCCCUUGGGCUCUGACUGCUCUCACAGUGCUGAAGACACCGGGGAAAACAAACAGGUUAAAAAAAAAAAUCUAAAAAGAAAAAAAACUUGUAAAACUCUUAAAAAUGGAGGACAUCUAAAAAACAAACUGAUCCUAUUUGUGCUACCUGCCAACCUGUAUGUAGCAUGUGUGACCUCUACACAAGGAGGGAUAUAUUGAUGAAGCACAGACAGUUUUUAGCAUCAAUGCCGCAUUAAAGGGAUCCUGAAGGGCUACUAUAAGGAGUGGACACAUUCAGUGGGAAGUUUAGUCAUAAUUGUUGUCAUUUUUCAUCUAAAUAGUGUCGGUGUUGCUUGUGUAUAAUGGCCAGCUGAGCCAGGUGGCUGCAGUAGUUUCUGUAUACAGGAGCAGAAACUGCAACCCGAGCUCUGCUGUGUUCACUGUUAUUAACUGCAAAACAAUUUACCUCUCUUGACCUCGACAGCGAGACUGUCUGCUAAGUUCAGAAGAUGCACGUUUAGUUGCACGAGUUAAAUUAAGUUAUUUAUUGUCUUUGUCGUCGUUUCUAAUUGUGGUUGUUUUUUUUUAUUAUUUUGUAGUUCAUUUGGGUUGUUGCCGGUUUAAUUGGUUCACUGAUUAAUUCAGCAUCGCUGUUUUCUGUGAGAUGUUUUUGUGUGUUGCAUGGGUUUUGGUCUGUAUUAAAUUUAGUAUGAAACAUCCAA